AGAAACAGAACAGAACGGAACAGUCAGUUCAGUUGGUUAUUAACCACUACAGUGAUAACACGUGAUAAAACAAAUAUUGUGAAUUUUCCUCUUUAUUCAGCUAGCCAAGAUACUGAUGAAGAAUGACGAAUACCCAGAUAGAAGUGGAGAGUCCAGAUGUUUACUCCCAAGGAGACUUGUGCAUAGAUGAGACGAGAGGUUCGGUAAGCGUGCACGACCCUACCGUGCGUAAAGCCAGCCAUGUGACUGGAAAGCGCUCGCGCCUCGAUAUGCUGCUCGCAGCUUCAGGGGUAGAGCUCAUCAAGCAAACCGAGGUGUCCGACCAUCUAACUUUUUGUUCAACUCAGACUGCUCCUCUGGAUCUAAGCCUACCCCGGUUUGCGGCCGCAACUAGCCAAUCAGAGAUUAGGCAGCCUCGGCUCAAGGUUCGAUGUGAUCUUGUAUCUCUGGAACCUAGAUCUAGGUCCCCAUCUAGAUCUCCCUACUUAGUCUUAGGUCGGGAGGAGGAUUAUGUUAGGUUUAGUUCAUCAAGUGAAAACUACGCAACAUUUAACGAAAACUACGCAAAAUCUAGUGAAAUCUGCGGAAAAUCAAGUAAAAACUACGCAGAAUUUAGUGAAAACUACGCACAAAUAGAAGAAAAAUGCGCCAAACCCAAUCGUAGAACCCAGAGUACGAAAACUAAACGGGAUAAAGUGCCGGAAAGCAGGAAUUCUGAAUCUCCGGCAGUAAACACAGGGAUUUGGAACCUAACUGUACAGGAUAUAGAUUCAAUGCUUGGUCCGUACAUAACCCAUGAAGAUAAGAAAUACAAUUGUACAGUAUGUAGCAUCAAAUUCAACACUAAACCCAAAGCUAUCAGCCAUGUCGAGAACAAGCAUAUUGAUUGCUUCCAAUACAAAUGUCCUCAAUGUCGCACAACAAAAACCUCGAGACUAGCAAUCGACUGCCACACUAGGAGUAGACACAACGACAAGAACAAGCUGCUGUCUCCUCUCCUGCGGCUCAAGCGACAGUUUGGAUUGAAGGGAGAGAAGGGAGGAGCGGGGGGAGUGAAUACUAAGAGUGAGUUAAGUAAAGGGGGAUAUGAUCUCAUGUUCGUCACAUUUCUCAGAGAUGAACUGGGUAUUGGUGAUGUCCUCUCUACCCUUGAGACCUGGAGGUUGAUGGAAACUAUCCAGGCAAGACCGAGGUCAAGCAGUACAUCUCCGUCCUCUUCACCAGCCUCAUCCCCAGCACCCUCACACUCAACCUCAAGGGAUGGAAGUGUGUCCCCCAGGGCUGAGAAUGAGAAGGUGCUGGCUAGUUGGAUGAAGAAGGACCACGGUAUAUUCGUCAUCCAUAAUAAGGAGCGGUUUGCCAGCAAAUGGUUUUUUAUCAAGGGUGUAAAGAAUGGUAGCUGGGCCCGGUUAGAAACUGAAGUUUUAGCAAACUUUGUUGAUAGAAAUAUUCUUAAACAGAUCUCAGUCCCAACAAAUACCCCUUCUAGUGAGAACCCCUGCGUAUUUCAAGUUUUCUGUAUCAGGCAGCUUCUGCAAUAAACAGCUGCUUCUCAUCUGCUCUCCAAUAAAGAACAGUAGCUGUUUGACACUCGACAGCAUAUUUGUAGCUGAAAUCUUUUGCGCCAUAUAUUUGUUUUAAUAAUUUAACGGAUUUUAGGAUAUUUCAGGAAAUAAUAUUUGAAAAUAUUUUCCUUUUAUUUUAUUUUCCAAAAACCCUUAAUUUUGUUGGCCGCUCCGACCAAAUAAUCCGAAUAUGAUUUUUUUCAAGAAAUAAAUACCCCUGUUGUAUUUAACCAAUCCAAUAAUUCGCCCACCUCAAACCCCUCGCAAUUAUCCACCAAAGCUAUUAAAUCUCACUUGAGUAGAUUAUCCAAAUUCUAAAAAGCAAUAUUAAUACCAACUGUAAUUUAUUCCUAAUAUAUGUAUAACAAUCAAACCAGUAAACAUAAAACUGAGCAUGUGAAACUAAACUUUUAAUAACAAUGUCAUAGAGUAAUAAUUACAGAGGAUACAGUUCGUAACAUUUUUUAUCUGUGUAUCUUUUAUAACAAAGAUGUUUGAUCAAUUCAAAAAAUAGAAUUAUUUCAGAAAAAAAAAUUGGAACUUGAUCUCAGUGUCCAAUAUUAGAACAAUACUUGAUUCCCCAAAGAAAAUUAUCCCUCUAUGGGAUAUUGAAGAGAUAUUAAAUUAAUCCCUCUGUAAUAUGGGAUUUACUUCAGAAUAAACCUAAAUAUAUAAUUAGAUACAAUAAUGGUAUAAUUGUAUCUCUGUCUAUUAUUACUCUAUGAACGACAUCUUUUAAGCCUGACUCAAAUUUUCAUACUUUCACAAUCCUUGAACAGUAAACACACAGUGUAUGUAUGUAUUAGCCUGCAAUCCAAAACUAAAGCAAUCACUUUUUUGUCAGAACUUAUAGAAAUAAAUUUGGUAAGGAAGGGGAGAGCGUAGAAUCAUUAUUAUGUAUACACAAUGUUUUGUAUGUAUUUAUGUUGUUUGCAUUUUAAACAUGUGUUUUUAGUCUGAUAAAUAUUACGGAGUAAAUCAUUUUA